ACAUGUUUAAUUCAAAUUGUGUAUCUACAUUUGAUUAUUAGUUCAUCACAAUAGCAUUAUGAGAAUUUUAAACUUAAAAGUGGAACUAACUGAUAAUUUCUGACUAUUGUCAUCUCUUUGCGGCUUGUGAUCACGAUAUAAUUUUAAUUAAUGUAAAAUCAUUGAGGAUUUUUUUCUAGUGUUCUUCAAUCAGCAAAACAAUGUGCAUAAUGGGUGGUUGUCGCGGUCGAUGCUCGACAGUACCCUCCCCUGACAAGCUUCCAAUUUUCUUUUCAGAAACAUGGACCAUGGUGGUGCAGAGCCGUCCAACCUAUCAAAGCCCCUUCAUUUUUAUAUUAGCCUGCAUAAGCUUUGGCUUCUAAAAACGAGAGAAAUUCACCAACUAGCGUAGUCUUCGCUCUGACUCUCCAUAAAAGAAACGUUUCAAAAGUACAUUUUCUUUGAAAUUCAAAGCUUCAUUUCACACCUCCCCCAUUUACACCACCUGAGUUUCCUCUCGGGUUUUCUCUCUUCUCCACGUUCUCGCAUCUUUCUUGACUCUACACUUCUUUCUCUUAUUCUUCUUCUUUAAUUAAUAGUUUCCUGUUUCUUGCAUAUUUCGUAUUGGUUUCAAGACAUAAUCGUAUGUUGUUUUACAUUAGUCCAAGAUCUAAAACCUCCAUUACAUGGAUCUUGUAAGCAAAAUCUACAGUUCACAGUCUCUUCCUCCAAUCACAAGUCCUACUACCAGUACCUCAAUCUUUGGUACUCAUUCACAUUCUUCAGACACAAGUUUCCCCAUUAUAGCGAUUGCCAUCAUAGGGAUUUUAGCCACUGCUUUUUUGCUGGUUAGCUAUUACAUAUUUGUCAUCAAAUGCUGCCUCAACUGGCACCGCGUCGAUGUUCUAAGACGAUUCUCUCUAUCAAGAAACAGAAAUCACGACGAUCCUCUAAUGGGCCACUCUCCCGCAAUGGAGACUCGUGGACUGGAUGAGUCGGUGAUAAGGUCAAUCCCAAUAUUCAAGUUUAAGAAAGGAGGCAAUAAAAGUAGAGACUUUGGAGAAAGAAGUUUAUGUGAAUGUGCAGUUUGCUUGAAUGAGUUUCAAGAAGAUGAGAAGCUGAGGAUAAUACCAAAUUGUCGCCAUGUUUUCCAUAUUGAUUGCAUUGAUGUUUGGCUUCAAAAUAAUGCAAAUUGCCCACUUUGCAGAAACAGCAUCUCAACCACCACGAGAUUCCCAAUUGAUAACGUUAUAGCUCCAAGCUCUUCCCCACAAGAUACAAAUCCUUACAGCGAAACUGUCGUCGGUGGAGAUGAAGAUUAUGUUGUUAUUGAAUUGGGUAACCAUAAUUCCGCAGAUCAAACCUUGCUUGCGGCACAGGAAAGAUUGAUGAAUUCAGGAGAGUUAUCAGCAAGUUCGAUUAGCCCUUCCCCAUGGAGGAAAUUAGAACAGAGAGGAUCAGCUCUUCACCAGAAAGCAAGAAAAUUUAAUAAGUUAACCAGCAUGGGAGAUGAAUGUAUUGAUAUUAGAGGUAAAGAUGAUCAAUUUGCAAUCCAACCCAUAAGGAGAUCCUUUUCACUGGAUUCGUCAGCAGAUCGGCAGCUAUAUUUAUCAAUUCAGGAGAUUGUUCAGCAGAGCAGGCAAGCAAUUACUGAGGUCAGUCCUGUUGAAGGUUGUAGUAGCACUAGUAAACCAAGAAGAACUUUCUUUUCUUUUGGUCACAGCAGAGGAUCAACCAGAUGUGCAGUCUUACCAGUUCAUUUGGAGCCAUAAAGCCAAAAAGGUUUAAAUUUCUUUAUUUUUUUUUAAUCUUUUCAAAGAUAUAGUGAUUUUAGAUGUGGUUAUUUAAAAGGCAUAGGAUCUGUGACAUAAAGAUACUCGAUUGAAAUCUCAAAUACUAAUUUUAUUUGAUUGUUGGGCCAAUGUGUUCACAACAGCCAUGAUCGUGAUCGUGAUGGCUGAAACCACCACUUUCUUGUGCCCAUUCUGAAUGAAUUCAGCUGUUGCUGUACCCUUUUUUUUAUUUUUCUUUUUGUUCUUUUUUUGUUAAAAAAUUUGGAAAAAAAGGUAGGAAGAUGUCGCGUCCACUCUACUGGUGAUUUUAACACAGUUAGAGAAUAGUCGGUUUCAACUAAUAUAAUAGCUGUAUGAAUAACGCAAAAUGUUGGUGGAGGAGGAAGGCAUACUGUUUGUUCAUGGUUGGUAAUGGUUCCUGUAUUGUCCCAUGACAACAAAGCAUCCUCAUCCAGGCUGUAGGCACCUUGUAAUAAUCUAGCAUCCAAAUGAUCAUAUAUUCUACACAGAGAUUAGUUGAAUUUUCAGUAUUGAAAAUUUAUGGAGGGUCCAACACCCCAACUCAGGGACAGUGAAGAUGCAUCAAUUCUAAAUGAAAAAUAUAUAUAACUAAUCUGUUCCUGGCUGCAGAAAUAUUCAUGUGCGUACAGCCAAUGGCCACACAUUGGUUGUUGAUCACUUUGACAGUAUAACUACAUUACCCAUA